AUGAUGGAUUAUGUUAAAUCAAGUGGAUGCUAUCAACCAUUAACACCUGACCAUGCUUCAAUAUCAUCACUUGCUGAAGAAGUAGCUUUUGCUGACAUUACUAAAGUUAGCCAUGAAGAUUUUGCAAAACAAAUUACUCUCAUAGAACUUUCGUUCUUCAAAGCUAUACGCCGUGAGGAAUUUGCAAGUCUGAAAUGGAAUGGUAGAGAAAAGCAUUUGUAUGCCCCAAAUAUUGUUGCAUCCACGAGAUGGUUUAAUCAGAUUAAUUUCUGGGUUCAAAAAGAAAUUUUAAAGUAUUCAUGUGUGUCAAAGAGGACUGAAAUGUUAUCAUUUUUUAUUAAAAUUUCUAAAAAACUUGUUGAAUACAAUAAUCUUUAUUCUGCUAUGUCAAUCAUAUCAGCAUUACAAGUCGAGUGUAUAUAUCGUCUACGGCAUACAUGGUCAGGUUUAGGAAAUAAAGAUCGAACGGCAUAUAGACGUUUAGAAGAACUUUUUAGUCAAGAUGAUAACUGUCGUAGACAAAGGGAACAUAUGAAUUCAAUCGACCUGCCGGGUAUUCCGUAUCUGGGCCUGUAUUUAUCUGAUUUAACGUAUACAAAUGUCGCUCAACCACGAAUCAAUGGAAAGCCAACAGCAAUAUGGUAUACAAAAAUUAAUGCGAUUAUUGAUACAAUCGCGUACUUCCAACAAUCUGAAUACUCUUUCCCUGUGGACGAAACUCUGAAUGCUUAUCUCUGUGCACAACGGUAUAUUGAGGAAUUACAAAAAUUCCUUGAAGAGGAUAAUUAUAAAACAUCGCUUUUAUUAGAACCACCGCCUACUCCUCCUCCUGCCGCACCAACCACUCCAUCUUUAGCCUAUUUACAUCAACCCUAUACAUCGCUAUCAAGUAGUACCAUUACUAAUAAUAAUAAUUCGGAAUUGACUGACAAUCGUUUUCCUGAUGAUAAUGCGGCGGUAGUAAAAGGAACAACCUUCGGUGGUAUUGGUGGGGGUAGUAGUAGUAUCAGUAGUGGAUUUGGUUUUCGAUCUCCGUCAUCAAAAUUGUCAAAUUUAUGUCAUACUAUGAAACAACAACACUCACAUCAUCACCAUCAUCAUGUGCAUCAGCAUCCAGGUCAUAGUCGGACAGGAUCAAAUGUCUCCUGUAAGGGCGGUGGAGCAACGGUGAAUUCAAGUUUUGAAUCUGAUCUUCUAUUGAUGGUACUGCCACCGACACCGCCUUCUGCCUCUUCUUCUUUCAAGCAUAUUACAGAGUCAGGCAAUGAUAAUGAUACUGACGGCGGUAAGAUGAUGAAAAAAUCUGUACAAGCGGUGAAUAAAUCAUUUGAGUGCAAAAAUGAAUUGAAGUCAAUGAGGAAAAUCUCAUGGGAUGAAAAUGUUGAAUGUGUUUCUCCUACUGCCGGUGAGAUAUGUAAACCAGUGACGACAAGUAAAGAUCAUCCUGACAAUCCUAAUUUAUUAUGUAAUUCUGACCUUCAGUCAACAAGUAAGCAACCUGAGUUCCUGCUUCCAGCUAGUCAAAGUUCAAAGUUACCUCCGUUACCUCCUAGACCUUCUGUUGAUUGUGAAGUAAGAGCUUCUACUCUUAAUAAUCGAAUAUUCGAUGGUAAUAAAUGUGAUCAACCAUUGUCAUCCAUUACUCCUUAUCCUAAUACUACUACGAUAACGACAACACCAAUGACUACUUCCACUACUGUACAUUCUGAUAAUGAGCAUGACCAAUCAUAUACAACAACAACUAAUAGUAAUAAUAACAACCAGUUGAUGAGUCAAAAAGCGCCGCCAGUAAAUCACACAAGACCAUCAAUUUCUUUCAGUGAAUCAUCAUCAAAGUAUCAUAAUAAUCUCGAAAUGGAGCUUUCUCUGUGCUCUGUCAAUGAUGUGUUCGAUUCAUCCGCUGUAGCUGUAGCUGCCUGUGCAGCCGCUGCACUGACUGCCGACAACUCUGCUGCCUAUCCGACAUCUUCACUGAAGACUAUGGGGACACCAACCACCGGUGGAUUCGAUACUACAAAUUUAGGUGAUGAUGACGACGAUGGAAAAUUCGAUGAUGCACCAGUUCUUGCCACAUCUACUCCACCAGGAUCACCAAAAUCGAAACAUAAUGACUCAUCUGUUGUAAAUCCUUACGCUGCUCCUACUACCAUCAUCGAUAAUAAUCAUCACAUUUCAUUUGCAGCACCAACAACAUUCCCUAAUUGUUUCGGUGUUAAAGUUAUUUGUCAGGGAGUGGUUCAACGGCGUACUGUUUGUCGUUUCCCUCCAGUAGUUUUUGGAAGAGGAGAUUCAAAUCAAAGUUUAAAUUCCACUAGUUGUUCGACAAACACUUCUUUAUUCACAUCACCAUCGCCACCAGUUCAUGCUUCCAAUUCCUCCUUGUCAACUGCAUCAAAUAUUGCUGCUGGGGAGACUACAAAAUCUGUCUAUUUUGAUAUUUCAUCAUCAACAAAAUAUCGACAAAUCGGCUUUUCUAAGUGGCGUCGUUUAUGGGCUACGCUAGUGUUAGUUGGUGAUGGAUUAACAGCAUAUAUGAUCUAUUUUGAACCGAAGGUAAAAAAUGCAAUCCACAGAAGUCAAUUCCAAGCACAUCAAUGUCAAAUUCAUUGUCUAUUUGAUCCUCCUAAGCAUAGGAAUUUCACUAGCAAUGGCGAUUGUUGUGAUGGUCCUGAGUUUAAUCAAAUUAAAAUGGAUCAUGAAAGUGAACGUCAUCGUAAUGAUCAUCAUGAUGACAAUAUCAUAGACGGGGAGGAUACAGCACCAGAAGUUGAUGAUGAUGAUGUCGGUGAAAUCUCAGGUCUUCUUGGGACAACAACAGAUUUAGAGAAUAAGAAAUUAGACGUAUCUAGUAACAGUAAUAAUAAUAACAAUAAUAAUCAUAAUACACCCAGUCAUUCAACCACAAUGGUGACCAGAAAAAGAGGAGGAAAAAAGAUGCUGGAUCAUUCUAAUCCACUUUUUAUGUCUUCAAAAGUUGAACUUGGUCGACAUCGUAAUGGUACACUGGAUCCAAAUUCAUUUAUGCUAACAGAUUAUAUUCUUGGUAAAACAUAUCGAUUUCGACCGAUUGUGCCAAACGCUGCUGCUACUUCUUCUGGUUCCAUCCGCAGUCCUAUUACUACUACCACUACUAAAUCUUUGUCGAGAUUAGAUCCGUCUCGUUCUAGUCAUACAAGUAGUAGUAGUACAGGAGGAGGAGGAACAGGAGCAUUCAAUUGGUUCCUUCGUAGUCCUUAUCAGUUAUCUACAAGAAUACCAUCAGAAUCUCCUGGACAGUCGUCGUCAGUGUCUCUAUCCCCAGAGAUGAAUUGCGUUGGGCGAGCUCGUGGUCUAUCAGCGCCAGGCUUAUUAUUUAUUCAUUCUCAUCCUGGAGGAGGAAAUACGCAGACAACAACUUCUUCGUCAAGUAAACGAUCAACAACAUCAGUGACAGGUAAUGAAUACGUUCAUAUAUGGUUAAAAUCCAUCCAGUCGGUGAUAGAACAAAUUUAUACAGCUUAUUUAUUACGUCAUCAUCAUCAACAACAAAGAGGACAAGAAAAACGGUAAUGUGAUACCCCUGUACUUGCAUUUCUUCUGUGCUUAUUUAUUGAUUGUUUGAUUGAUUGGAUCGGUGGUUUGGUGUUUGAUUUUUUCAUUCGUUCGUUUUACUUGGCUCUUACGGGCCUUUUUCUCUGAUUUUUGGACAAUAUAUGUCAUUCAUUGUUUCAUCACUAGUUCCGGUGUUCUACUUUGUGAGUGUGUGUUUGUAUUGUACAUACACAUACACGCCCGCGUAUGUUCUAGUCGUUCUCAAUGAAUGUUUGUCAGUAUGUGUGUAUGUGUCAGUGACUGAAUGAUCCGCGUCUUUUGGUUUCCGUCGCCAUCUCCACCCUUCCUCCACUGGCGCUUCGUUUGUUUGUCUAAGUUGCUUGACUUUCAUUUUGAUCAUGUAUUUCUCGGAUUCAUCUUCUCUGCUUCGCUGCCAAGUUUGCUUUUUGUAUGCAUGAUUCCGUGUGCAUUUCUUCUUUUCUUCCUAUAGUUGACUUCUGGUGUACUCAUCUACCUACCGACUUACCUACCAAUCAUAUUUGGAGACGAUGUUACAGAUCCAUACAUAUUUGCAUUUGUUUAGCAAUAUACGAUUAUUAUUAAUAGUAGUAGUAUUAUUUUCCCAUAUUAACCUCCAGGUAUAUAUACGUG